ACGACUACAACGAUGGAAUGCAGUUUCAGCCAUCGGGCUGCCAUGUGGAGAUUGGUACGGGAGUUAGCAACGCUAGCGUGGAGAGUGUACAAGCAAUCAAGGCUAUCAUGUUUGCAAUGAAUGAAUCCGAGUCGCUGCAUGUUCAUGACAAUUUUUUCAUCGCCACUGUCAUCCCUGAACACAUGAUCUCUGGAUUUGGGACAAAUCUUGAUUGGAAACAUCUAAAACAUUGUCAUGUGGUGAGGUGCUCCAAGGUGCACACAGUCUUCAUGACUAACUAUGAUGGCUGGCCCUUCACAGAAAUAGAGACCUUUUGGGCGGCUGAUCUACCAAUGUCACACUGCAUUUGGAGCAAAGGAAGGACCUACGGUGGCAGCGCAACUAGGUGCUUUGCCAAACUGUGGAGCAUACGCCUAUACUCUUGCCCAAGGCUCGAAUUUGUGCUUCCGUUAUUGUGGGGUAUUCAAGGAUCAUACUUGCACAAUUUAGAAAGUCUCCACAUUGUCAACUGUGGUGAUCUAAAGACGGUGUUCCCUGUUCAUCCUGGCCUCAAAAAACAUGUACUCGAGUUCCCAAGGCUGAAGCACAUCCAUCUGUAUGAGCUCUAUAAGCUGCAGCAUAUAUGUGAGGUGAAGAUGCAUGCGCCCAAGCUUGAGAGGGUAUGGCUGAGGGGCUGCUGGGGCCUCAGGCGCCUCCCCGCCGUCAACCAAGGUAGCCGUCGCCCCGUCGUGGACUGCGAGCAGGACUGGUGGGAGAAGCUGGAGUGGGACGGGCUGGAGGCUGGGCACGACCCUUGCCUCUUCGAGCGACGCCACUCGUCGCAUUACAAGAGGCCCUUGCGUAGAGUUUCUGUGCUUCGGUGAAGUGACCGUACUAUACUAU